AUGCAUCUAGCGGUGUUACUUGAAAGUCUGGUAGAACUUGCCGGACCGGAACUCGCAAGGUCGGAGAUGAGAGUCGCAAGGUCGGAGAUGAGGGACCUUGAGGAGAGGAGUAGAAUUGGUGGUGGCAGUGCUGGUUUUGCGUCGUCCAGUCGUAGCCUGAAUUUGGUCGGAAACCUCCCUCUUUCCAGUGAAGACGACCGUGGUAGAGAUUAUCUACUCUCGCACAAUCUCCAGGGCCCUGUUGAUAAAAGUGGAAGCAGGCAUAUCAAGGGUACUAAAGGUCUAAGAAGUGCAUCAUCCUCAAGAAGAAAACUAACCAAAGAAGAAGCAGACUGUCCUUUGCGAGCCUACGACCAAAAUAGGUUUUACGAGACACCAAAUAUUAUACACGCUCUUCGAAAUGCUGUGUACCGCAAGAUGCCGGCACUCACAGUCGGUCAGAUCAAUCGCUGUCUUCUAGCUCUGGAGCGACUACGCCAAAUCUCAGAACACGAGAAAAGCUCCUUGAUGUGGUCCAACAUGGGCGCUUCUGGUGGUGGUGAUAAAAGAAGGAGGCGUCAGUUUGAUUUUGCAGGAUCACAGGGCUCCUUAGGUGAAAGUAACUACUGCAAGAAUGGUUCGUCUUCUAGUACUUCUUCGCUUCCAUUGCAGACUGGCAGAGGUGCAGCAGAUUUUGUCGACAGAUAUACAAGGGAAAUGGUCCGACAUGUCCUGCCGGAAAAUUAUGGCUUUGGCUUUCACCUCUAGUCAUAAAAACAUCAAAAUUUUGACUGCAUCAAUUGUUUUCGAUUUUGAUGUCGUGUGGCCAGUAUUAACCAGAAGUAGUAUGUACUAGUACUACUCCUAACUAGAAGUACCUUCUUCUAAGAAAAAGUCGCGCAUUUAACACGAGAGCGCGUUUUAGACGUGCUCGCCCAGUUGCCGGACCAACGAAGUGGAACUAGCGUGUCCCCUUUGGUUCUCGAGACGAUGGUCAAAACAUAUCAGUUCGAGCCAGACGAUUUGGUUUUUGUCUCUGAACUUUUGGCUAGGGUGUUUCCAUUACACCGACAAAAAGAGGGGUCGGGGAGGGACGUUCUCCCAUUACAACAACGAGAAAGGGACUGGAUAGACGUUGACGCGGAAGUGAACGCGCGAGAAAUCUUUGCACAGCGUAUAAGGGAAAGCAGCUCGGAUGACGUCCCGGAUCACAUUCGCUUUGCUGUUUUAGAGGAAGUAGAAGAGGGCUCAUCUUCAUCAAACACCACUGCAACAACAUCUCCAAACGCUAUAGCACUUGCUAUCAUUCAAUACUCUUCGCACAAGCGCGUAGGUCAUUGGAUCACGAAUUGCCUUGACGUAGACCGCGUUUCCCCAGUUCUUCUACCUGCAUUGCUCUCUGUUGCGGCUAUGAAAGGGUGUGGCACACUAGCCGAAGCAGUGACACAUGGAAAAAGUAGGGGCGACGAGAGUGCUCCGAGUAGCAAGGAGAAUGGCCACAACAUGAAGAACAGUGGCAAGAGCAUGAACGGACUGUACAUGAGAGAAAAUGCAUACUCGUUUCAAAGUCAUGGUGACCCAACAGGAGAUCACGACCCCGCUGUUUUUCCUGUCACCCGUAUGCUUGAAAUCGCGCACACUCUCCACGCAAAGAGACAGGAAGUGAGACCAAGGCCACUCAUCGUGGCCAUGCGUGCAGGCGCGGCCCUCUUUCCCGAAUCGGACAUGUUGAGGUCUUGGCUCGAGCAAGUCAGGGACGCCUUUAGAGUGCAGAAAGCAACGCCGAUGCAUCUCUGUUCGGCCGCAAUCACUUUGAAAGAAGGGCUCCUCGAUCUGGAAGGGAGAGCAAGAUUAGCGCCAUUGGCUGGAACUAUAAUGGAUGGCUACGGCUUGCAAGAUGAAGAAUUCGACUUAUCUCGUCAACAAUUCAAAGCAAAAGCUCGCGUUCGAGAUCUUCUUGCACCCUUGCGAAGCGAUCUCUUUCACGCUGUCACCCUGUUAGAGCAUGCUGAAGAUUUCACCACUGCCCUCAAGUUUUACGUCGAUCAUUUUGGGUCCAUACCAACAUCUCCUCAAGAUACACUGAGCGCAAAGCUCCGGCGUGUGCAAGAGGCCCUCAAAGGAUCUUGGAGAAGGCUGCUCGAUUUGCAAAGUGCGUGUGAAAGAGGAGGCCUCACAUUGGAUGAGGUUGUCGUAUCCGGAGACACGCCAGGGGUCCCAGAAAGUGAGGCAUUUUUACUGGGAGAUGACGAAUAG